AUGGAAUCAGCCUUGGACCUGCUCCUGAAAAGAGACGUCAAAGGAGACCGCGACAAUCUUCGCUAUGGCAGUCUGGAGAAGUCAACCAUACCCAAGUAUCGGGUUGCUGGUCGUGGCAGUAUCAUUGGGUUGCCUCGAGCCUACAAGGUCAAACACAUUCCAGGAGGCGCCCGUCAGAUCUCAGGGCCCCAAGCAGACACCGGCCAUCGGCAUGCUAACAAUUCUCUUCUAUCGCCAGCACCACAGCCUUCCACUCGCCCCAUCCCGAAACGGGAGUCUGUCAACGACGACCCUAUCAGGCGCCAGUCAAGCUACAUCUCGGUCAGAGCCGGCAGCUCGCGAAAGCGGAGGCGACUGUCUGACCUCGAACACCCUUUCUCUAUUAUUGACCAUACUGCUCAGCCCGACCAGGAUGACUCAUCCAGCGCCGGCGACGAAGAUGAUAUCGCCGACGAAGCCAAUGCCUACGAGGCAUUCCGCAGUGACACCGUCCAGCGACGUCAGCGAGAGUUGCUGAAGAGAACCAAUUCCGAUCCGGAGGAUCUCGAUGCCUGGCUGGCUCUGAUCGAACACCAACAGGAACUGGUCCGAGGUAGUGAGUCCAAUACGACGACGCUGAGCCCGAGCCAGCGUCGGACUUUGAUUGAACUCCGCAUUUCCCUCUAUCAACAAGCCCUAUCCAAGGUGACAACGUCGGACACACGUCAACGGCUGAUAGUUGGUCUCAUGCAAGAGGGAAGCAAAAUCUGGGAUCAUGCGAAACAAACGGAGGAGUGGCAGAAGCUUUUGAACGACAGUGCUUCGGUUUCUCUGCGAGUUCUGCAUAUCAACUUCCUCAUGACCAACCCUUGGACUUUCUCAUACCCAGGAUGCCUCCAAGCAAUUGACGAGUGUCUACAAAUAUAUCUGGCCGAGCCUACAUCCGAGAUUCGGGACGAUCAUGUCGUUUAUCUGCUGCUUCGUGCAACACUCUUGAUGAAGCAAGCCGGGUACGCAGAGCGAGCGGUCGCGGUUUGGCAAGGGAACCUCGAGAUCAAUUUCUUCCCACCGUCCGAGUGCGGAACAAGAGACCUAACUGCUCGCUUCGAGACCUUUUGGGACAGUGAGGCUCCCAGACUGGGCGAGGCGGACGUCCAGGGCUGGAAUAAGUCCACAGGUGAAGAGCCUGCGUCGGCACAAUCAAGAGAAGGCGAGAUUCCUCCGCCCACGCUGGACCGCCCAGAUCCUGCAUGGGCAGCGGCAGAGGGCCAGAUUCAGGCACACGCAACGCUGCCAGCAAGGACGCUGGACGACACCGACGAUCCUUUCCGAGUCGUUCUCUUCGCCGAUAUCCAAGCGUACCUUUUCCAUGCCAUGACUGCACAGACCAAAGCAAAGCUCCUGGAGGCUUUCCUGUGCUUUGCCGGUCUACCUCCACUUCAGCGUUGUCAAGCAGUCCAACACCUGGAUCCAUUUCUGAUACAGCCCCUCCGCGCCCCUGCUACAUCAGAGCCACCCUCGCCAUAUCCGCCAUUACGCUCGUUCAACACAGGCGGCGCAGACCCGGUGUUGCUCUUUGCCCACAAGGACGAUCCGUUUGCGGCCUUUCAGCACAACCUCGACGCCGGCUUGUCCUCUCUGAUCUUGGCCGCCCUUCAACAGCUAGCGUUGGCAGAUCCUGAAGACGAGUUGCUGGCCCAGUACGUAAUCGCCCUGACUCUGACUCUUUCUACAAGCCCUGCUGGUGCGGUCAGAAAAUUCGCGAAGAGUCUCAUCAAGCGCCGUCCAGAAAGCAGUCGAUUGUACAAUGCCUACGCAUUGGUGGAGCGCCGUUUGGGGAAGCACGAUUCCGCGGAAAGGGUCUGGAUCACGACACUCAAUAUGAAGGCCGGACAUGAUCCGCUGGCGACAUCACAACGCUUGCUGCUGUACCAUUCCUGGAUCUGGGAGUUGGCGCUGGCCGAGCAGGACGCCAAGGUUCUUGCUCUGAUGUCUCGACUACCAGCGACACAGCCCAAGCUCGACGACCUAGAAACGGCGACGGCUGCGCCGCCGGCCCCUGAGCUACUCAGCCGGUUCGAACAUUUCCUACGCUCGUGCCUUUCUAGAGCAUACUCAGGGUAUAUCCCCGACGAGAUCGUCGUCUGCGCAGACCUCCUCGCGCUUCUGCAGUAUUACACAUCCUGCCUCGACCUGCACGUCGCACUCGUCGCCUAUCAGCAGAUCCUGUCCAUGUCCGGCUUGCAGCUGGGCUCCAGCCAGAUCCCCAGCACCGCCGGAAUGACAGUGGAAAGAAUCCACAUCUCCCGUGCCCGCCUCAUCUCGCUCCACACCUACUCGCACAACGUUCAAUUCAAGCCUAAGGAAGUCAUCUCAACACUUCGCGAUUCAGUGUCCGCUUUCCCCCACAACACCGUCUUCCGACACCUCCUGCACGACUUCUCUCUCAAGCACGGCGCCGUGGAUCGGUUGCGGGAGGCGGCUGCUGCUGCGACCGUCACAAGCACCACCAUCGCCGCGACCGGUGAGGACCAAAGCAAGAACAUAGCCACUAAUCCGCCCCCGGCGCUAGAUUUGCUGCUUUCCAUCGAGCACCUCCAACGCAUCGACAACGAAUUAAGUCGCGACCCAAUCUACGGCGGAACCGAGCACGCCAUCCGUGCCGCGUUCCAGCGCGCCAAGGCUGAUGACUCGCCCGUCCGCUCUUGCCCGGCAAUCCAGCUGCGGCACCUGCAGUGGGAGCUGAGCCUCCUUCGUCGUGAGGCACCGUCACUGCAACAGCCCGGCGGAGUGACCGGGAGGAACGAGGACAACAAGCAGCGGCAGCAGCAGCAGCUCGAGAAGAAAGCUCGAAAGCAGCAAGUUCAGCGCGUAAGGACCACUUUCCACGAGGCCGUGGCGGCUUGUCCUUGGAUGAAAAGUAUCUACCUGACGUACUUUGAUGAACGGUUGGGUGGAGCUGAGGGCGCGGUGGAUGAGGAGUGGAAUGAGACGUACGAGAGCAUGCUUGAGCGAGGGUUGCGGCUGCAUAUAGAGCUCCCCAAUAGUCAACGAUGA